UGGUCACACUGCCUACAUUAACAACUAACAAAUUGCGAUUCGAGCAAAAAUAAACAAAUCGUUAAUUUCACCACAACUGCUGCACAUUAUAGUGCCAAUCGCUGGUCCGUUUCAUGAGUGCGAACCUGAAGAACCUCAAGCUGGGCCACUUUGGUGGCGGCGGUGGCGGGACAUCCGCCGGCGGAGCAGGCAGCUCUAGUGGCUUUGGCAUCUCGGCGUCGUCGGGCGGCGCUGGUAAAUUGCCCAGUAAUGGCACUGGUGGCGGUAAGUCGGCCUCCGCCAGCGCCUCCUCGGAGGCAGAGGUACUGGCCACGCCCGGUGGCGUCAUCAUACCUGUGAUUCGCACCCGGGAUGUGCCCAGGCUGCUGCCAACUAUUGCCACCGCGCUGCAGCGGCCGUCGGACGAUCAUUUGGCCGCCGAGGAUCUGGACGCCGUGCAGCUGGAGCUGGAGCAGAUGCUCUCGAACGUGGCGCUCAGGACGCGCGUACUCAAGGCCGAGUACGACAGUCUAGACAAGGACGACAAGCGCCAGGAUCGCCGUAAGAUGGACCGUGUGCCCGGAUCGCCGCCCUGUCAGUCCAGCAUGCUCAAUGGCCUGUUGGGCAUUGGUGGCACUUCUUCCACAGGUGUGGGCAGCCCGUCCGGCGGUGGCGGCGGCGCCUCAUCCUCCAGCAACACCAAGCGGAAGCGCGAUGAGCCGACGGGCGUGCGCAAAAAGCACUCCUCAAUGACCAUCCUUAAGCAGCAGGGCGGCGUCUCUGGCUCCGCAAAGCAUCAGGCCAAAAACAGCCCCAUUGCCAACCACACAGACGAUAGUAUGGACUAUCUGCCCACCCUGGUGUCCGCCAAUGCUUCUGGAUCAGUGCUGCCGCACCACCAGCCCCAGCCACAGCUGCCCAAGGUGUCGGUGCCAAAGAACGAUACACCCAACAAGUUCUGGCUCUCCAUCGAGCCCUUCUGCAUGCCGCUGACCAACGAGGAUCUGCGCCUCAUCGACGACCUGCUGGAGCAGUACCGCGGGCCUUUGGUGCCGCCGGUGCCCACCUUGGGUCCCCACUACUCUACGGUGUGGGCGCAGGAGGACAUGAAGGCCCUUCAGCCGGGCGGAGCACGCGUAAAGUCACAGAAUGCCUCGGCCAUGCUCAAAAAGGCCGAGGGAAUGGUAGAGGAGAGCAUCACGGGACCGCUAACCCAACGAUUGGUCUCCGCUCUCAUGGAGGAGUCGCUGUUGACGCUGCCCAGCGAGCAGGCGGCGGUCGGUGAGCAUAGCAACAGCACCACCAGCAGCAGCAAUGAGAACACACACUCCCAUUCAUCCUCCUCGGCGGCUGCAGCUGCGGCGGCCGCCGCCUCUGGCAACUUUCGAUCGCUUUCCAUGCUGAAACAUGGCGUGGGCAUUGAACAGCGGCUGAAGAAGGAGCUGCUGGAGAACGGACUGAUCGAUCCCAGUGAGUUUGCCGCCCACGAGGAUGUCGACGAGGUGCUGCUGGAGAUCAAGCGCGUUACGGCGGAGAUCAGCAGCGUUUCGCAGUUCAACAGCGAGGAGCUCAAGCGUCUUCGUGCCGCCGCCAGCGAGGAGAUCAAACGGAUUGCAAUCAAGCGAAAGUUGGAUGUAGUGGACCAGGAGAUACUCGAGUGCUACAAGCGAAUGCUGCAGUAUCGGGCCAAGCGCAAGGGUCACACCAUCGAGGAGAAGCAGGAGAUUCUGCGUCUGACCAAUGAGCAGCGUCUGCUGGCCGAUCAGCUGGAGCGCAUGCAGCUGCAUCUACCAAGCGCCGGCGGCUCGUCCGGUUCCCUCAUGGAGCCCAAGAUGUAGGACAGGACCCUGGCCUGGGGCUGGUAUCAGCUAAUGGCCAUGCAUCAGGCAAAGCGGCAGGUCCGGGACGAAGCGCUGCAGCUGCAAUGCUUCUGAUAGGAUCGGGCCCCCCCGCUAACCCUACGCCAGACUGUAAAUUAGCCAAGAAAUAUAUAUAUAUAUAGCCAUGGAGUUGGAUGGUUCAGAGAAGGAUAUAUAUCCUAUAUAUAUGCGAAUGUACAUUAACAAAGAUAUAUCUAUAUUAUAAACCAUAUAGCGUGUGGCCUGCACGCAGAUCGGAUGAAGAGUUUCAGUGGCGGAAAGUAAUCUAAGGUUGCAAAUUCCGAAGCACAGAUAAUUCUUGUAAGUAAACAUUAAAGAUAUAUAUAUAUCUGGCCUGAUCCUUAAACCUUAAUUUAUGGAGCAAAUAUUGAAAAGAGAAUGUAGGAUUUUCAAGGAACUAUCACCUUAGAUUACUAUCCGCCCAUACAAUAUAAUAAAUAUAUAUAUAUAUUUUUUUUUUUUUUAACAUGUAUUUAUCACACUCACACUGAAAAAAAAUACACAUACACUUUGUAUAGCUUAAGUUAUCGCGAGGCAAUAAAGUUGUCUUUAUCGGGA